AAUGUGGGCUUGCUGCAGUAUGUCGAGGCAUCGCUCGAUGAGGACGAAGAGUUCUAUUUCUUGCGUUUCGAGCACCUGCAAAGGACCAACCUUGUCGCGUUGCAGAUGAAGCUCAUUCGCACGAAGGACGUGUUGUCAAAGGCGUCAACUAUCUCUGAUGAUGAUCUUGAAAAACUGAGAACGAAUUUAGAGCAAUAUGGCAAGCAUACCCGCAUCGCUUCGUACACUACUGCAAUACAAAACUACCACUCCCUGCGGAAAAGAAAGAGUCUAACCUCAAAUGACGCAGUGGAAAGAAAACUCCUGUUGCAGGCCCACUUUCACUCUCAGGUUAAAGACAUAGGCGUUUUCAAAUCACACUAUUAUAUUUCGACGUAACGGACGUCAAGAUUGAUACCCUACGAAGCUUACUGAUGGAGCGACUACCCGUAUGGAUGACCUACUCACGCAACGAACGAGCAGCCCGCAAAAGAGAAUAUAGAGAUGGCAAGCCACCAAAGGAAGUUUCCGGUUCUGUUGAUCGACUGUGUCGCUUCAUUAUUGCUGCGAUCGGUGGGCUCUUUCUUGUUGGACCGAUGCUGAUCAUGGCCAUCCGACCAUCAACGGCGAAAAGCCUCAUAACGGUGUCGGCGUCAGUGUUUCUAUUCGCUGUUGUGUUGACCUUCGGAGUACGAGUGACAAAUAUUGAGGGACUCGUGUCUACGGCGACAUAUGUUGCUGUUCUUGUGGUGUUUGUCGGUUCGAGCACUGGUGGUGGCAGCGAGGUUGCGAGGCUCGCGAGUAAUGGCACAGUAGCGUAGAGAUUAGUACGUUGCGUGGAAUACCGUGGUGCACACAAUGUAUCCAUCUCAUGGGUCGAUCAGUAAACAGGCACUGUGUCGUGCGCCGUUGGACCGGUAGGACAAGCUUUCUGCAUGUGAGGUCACUCCUGUAAAGUCCUUCCUCUUUGUCAUAUAAGGCUACCCCACCAACCCUCAUACUCUCCCGACGACCGAACAUUAUGCUUCCACAGCCUUGGCGCGUCCGCCCCUCACAUGAUGCUAUGAAGUCAAUGGCAGGAUAACGAGGUGCGCGGCUCUUCGGCG